GGGCGGGGCGGGGCUUGCGGCGCCCCGGCGGGACGGGCCGCCCUCCCCGCCGCCAUGGCGGCGGAGCGGGUUUGCUGCGCCGUCAGCGUCUCCGGCCCCGGCGGCGGUCCCCUCAGCUGCAGCGGCGUGGUGCUGAGCCGCGGCCCCGGGCUGGUGCUGUGCCGAGGCGCCGUCUUCUCCCCGUUCCUACGGGGCGGCCCCGCCGCUUGGGCGCAACCCGACGCCUUGCCCCCGGACGCCCUCCUGCCCGGCCUGCGCCUCCUCGUCCUGCAGCCCCCGCCGGGCCCUCGCCCCUUCGACGUCCCGGCGGGCGGCUUGAGGCGACACGAAGCCCGGCUCCUGGCGCUGGUGCCCUGCGGUGCCUUCCAGCAGGCGCUGGUGCGAGUCUUCGGCCGAACGGAGCGGUGGCGGUUCGGCGGCGAGGAGGCGGGUGACGACCCGCGGGCCUUGACCUGGUUCGCCUGGCUGCGGGUGCCAGGGCUCGGCACCCCUGAGGGCGGCUGGACAGGCCGGGCGAGCGCCAGCCGCCUGCGGAAAGGCGAGGGGCUGCUGGCCUGCGGGUCGCCUUUCGGCGCCCUGUGCCCCGACCUCUUCCUCAACACCCUGAGCAAAGGGGUGGUGAGCAACGUGGCCGGCGAGGAGAACGCCCUGCUGCUCACCGACGCGCGAUGCCUGCCCGGCACCGAGGGCGGCGGCGCCUUCCUGCCCUCGCCGGCCGGGCCGCUCUUGGUGGCCGUCAUCGCCGCCUCCUUCUGCUGGAAGGGCGCCGAGUGGGUCGGGCUCACCUUGCUCUGCUCCCUCGACGCCAUCCUGAGCAGCAGCGCCGACGUGCUGGGUGAAGCCGGGCUGGCACUGCCACCGGUGCCGCGGCGGGAGCCAGCGGCAUCGGGGAUCAAGCAGGACCCCCCGGGCGGGGCGGCGCUGGUGGAGUGCGGGGCGGCGUGGGGGUCGGGGGUGCUGCUGGCCCCCCGCCUGCUCCUCACCUGCCGGCACGUGGUGGAAGCUGGCGUCCCGCUUCACGUAACGCUGCCGCCCGGCCCCAGCCGGGCUGCCGCCGUCCUCACUGGGCGCGUGGUGUUUGCCACCGAGGCGUCGUCCCCCUUCGACGUGGCGGCGGUGGAGCUGGAGGAGAGCGUGCCGGGCUUCGUCUCCCCACGCCUGGCGGACACCUUCCUCCCAGGCGAGGAGGUGAGCGUGGUGGGCUUCGGGGCGCUGGGGCGGGCGUGCGGCCCCUCGGUGACGGCGGGGGUCCUCUCGGCCGUGGUGGCGGUGGCCGGGCGCCCCAUCAUGCUGCAGACCACCUGCGCCGUCCACGGGGGCUCCAGCGGCGGCCCCCUCCUCUCCUCCCGCGACGGACGCCUCCUGGGGAUCGUGGCCAGCAACACCCGGGACACGGGCGCGGGGGCCACCUACCCCCACCUCAACUUCUGCGUCCCCGUCACCGUCCUGCAGCCCCCCGUCGCCCGCUACCGCCGCACGGGUGACCCCGCCGCCUUCGCCGUGCUCAACCAGGCGGGCGAGGGGGUGCGGGCAGCCUGGAGGCUCCAGCGCCAGCAGGGCCCCCCCAGCAAGCUCUGACCCCGCGCCGGGGGGGGUGGGGGGGUGUGAUAAGGGCUGGGGACAGCGCAGCCACAGCCCCUUUUUGGCCCCCGGCGCUUUCAGGGCCGGGCGACUGGACCUGGCCGUGGCGAGGAGGGGCGGGGGGGGGGGUGUGUGUGCCGUGUGGUGCUUUUCCCAACCUGCUGGUACCCCCCAAAUUGAUUUGUUUUUUUUUUUUUUUUUUUGGUUUUUUUUUUUUGUUUGUUUUCUCCCUGGAGCCAUAAACGCUGUGAGUUGA